ACAUGCGCACUAUCCUCACACCGGAGAUGGGUGGCUACCGUGUCUGGGGCCAGGUCUGGGGCGGCUGUCGGCAGGGUCUGGGGAUCUGCGCAGUGCCCAAGGCCGCAGGCUUUGGCACCGAGGCCAGGCAUCAGCUGCAAUCUCGAGGUUCUAGCAAACGGUUGGGCUCCCUGGAUGACAAACCUUUCCGGAGGCUGCUGCAGCCAGAGAAUCUCAGUCGGAAAGAGCUGGUUGAUGUACUGAGGGAGGCUGUGGUGGACCAGAAAGGACCUCUGGUGACGUUGAACAAGCCACAGGGUCUGCCAGUGACAGGAAAACCAGGGGAGCUGACGUUGGUCUCAGUGCUUCCAGAGUUGAGCCAGUGCCUGGGGCUCGGGGAACGGGAGCUCCAGGUUGUCCGAGCAUCUGGGAAGGAGACCUCUGGGCUUGUACUCCUCUCCAGUUGUCCCCAGACAGCAAGCCGUCUCCAGAAGUUCUUCACCCAUUCACAGAGAGCCAGGAAACCCACAGCCACCUACUGUGCUGUCACUGAUGGGAUCCCAGCUGCUUCUGAGGGGAAGAUCCAGGCAGCUCUGAAAGUGGAACACACUGAUGGGGCCAGUCUUGUAGUUCCCGUGAAGUCUCCAUCCAGAAAGGACUUCUUGAAAGGUGUCAAGUGGACCCUCAGCCACUUCCGUGUGCUGGCCUCAGGCUCUGGCUGUGCCCUGGUCCAGCUACAGCCACUGACAGCGUUCCCCAGCCAGCUACAGGUGCACAUGGUCCUACAGCUCUGCCCUGUGCUCGGGGACCACAAGUACUCUGCCUGUGUGGGCACAGUCCUGGGCCAGCGCUUUUUGCUGCCAGCUGAGAACACGAAGCCCCAAAGACAGGUCCUGGAUGAAGCCCUUCUCAGCCGCCUCCACCUGACCCCUGCCCAGGCCGCCCAGCUGCCCCUGCAUAUCCACCUGCAUCGUCUCCACCUCCCAGGCACCAGACCCAGGGACGCACCCAUCGAGCUUCUGGCACCUCUGCCCUCUUAUUUCUCCAGGACCUUACAGUGCCUGGGGCUCCAGUACCAAUAGUCCUUCUGUUCCUGCUGUUCCCACUGGAAGGCAGUGGGACAGAGGGAGGAUGGGCUGUGGUCAGGCCCAUGCUAGGGAGGUCAGUGUCAACAUGCAGUAGGACCAUGGUGUAAGAUCCUGGGCCUGUGGUUGGACAGACCAAAGAUGACAUUUUGGCCAGGCCACCUGCUAUGAGUGUUGGGCACAUGACUUCUCCUCUGUGGACUUGAGAUAAUAAAGGUACCUACAUCAGAAUGGUUGUGAGGAUUUGCUGAGAAAGAAAAUGUUUAUCAUGGACUGUGCUUUCUGCUGAGUUCAGCAUGUGGCCUUUGUAUUUGUUUCUGGUCCAAUUCUAGCUGAGAGAUGUUGGAUUUUUUUUUUAAAUUGUGGUAAAAUAGACCUAAUAAAAUUUACCAUCCUAACC